GUCUCGGACCUCCUCGAGGAGGGAAAACGGAAGACGGAAACGGAGCCGAGAACACGACAAAAGCGCGGUCGAUUCAAUCACAGGCGCGACCUCAAUCCCUGAUCGCGCUAUCCAAUCCUCGACGCCCUCCACCAAUCCCAUCCUCUCAGAUCGACCGCCGCUCCGUCAAACCCUAAUCGCGGUGGAUCCUCCUGAUUCCAGACGCCGGGUUCUUCGCCGGGGCUUGUGGAGAUGGUGGAGAAAUUGACGCGUGGUUACCGGAUUCGAGCGCUUUUGAAUGCUUCCUUCUCCGUGAUCCUGUUGCUCUUCCUCUUCAACCGGCACGACGUCUUCCGCAAUCAGUUCCCCCAACAGGAUUUGGACUACUUUUCCUCUCCGACGAGUAUCCAUCCUCGCCGGCUGAUUGAAAAGGUUUCGUCUUUUAAUUCUACGAUUUCAGAAGUUGGAAACAUCCAGAGUCUCUGCUCCGGCUUAGCCCGGUCGGAGGGCUUCGUUGCCAAGUGCAAGUACGUGAGGACGCACAUAAAAUGUGAUACCGACGGGUUCUUCGAUUACCUUGCUUUUUUCUACUGCACCUGUCAAAAUUUUCCGGCUUUAGGAUACGCCGUGCUUGGCCUGUGGAUGGUGGCGUUGUUUUAUUUGCUUGGCAACACCGCAGCGGAUUACUUCUGUUCUAGCCUGGCAAAUGUGUCGAGUCUGUUGAGGCUCUCUCCAACAGUUUCUGGCGUUACUCUUCUUCCGCUUGGUAAUGGUGCGCCCGAUGUCUUUGCUAGCAUUGCAGCGUUUAUGGGUUCCAGCGGAUCUAGCGGAGUUGGCCUCAACAGUGUGCUUGGGGGAGCUACUUUCGUCACUUGCAUUGUCGUUGGCACAGUUACAUUUUGUGUUGCUGACAAGAAUGUUCAGAUUGAUCGCAAGUGCUUCAUAAGGGAUGUUACCUUCUUUUUGUUCGCUCUUGCUGCAUUAUCCAUAAUCUUGAUCAUCGGAAAGAUAAGUGUUUUCGGAGCAGUGAUGUUCAUCUUGAUCUAUGUGUUGUAUGCCUUCAUCGUGGCAGCAAAUGAGCUUCUCAGGGAGCAGGCCCAUAGGUUGAAGUUGGACUCCUUGACGCCAUUGCUUCCACCUGGAGGCAGCAUAUUUUCCUAUGCAAGCGACGAAGACUUACCUAUGUGUAGCCAUUUUCUUGACGAUGAUGCAGGCGCUGAUGCACCGCACUUGAAUAAUCUGCCCCAGUGGUUCUGGGCUUCCCAUGUAGCCAUCUAUUCAAAUCAAGGUUUUGGUCAUUCACAUGAAAAGCCAAGACCUCCUUGGGGUUGGAAGGAGGAGGACGAGGAGACUGGUACAACAUUAUUUGUUAAACUUUUGAAUGUUCUGGAGAUUCCUCUAUCGGUUCCAAGAAGGUUGACUAUACCAGUUGUUGAGGAAGAUAGAUGGUCAAAGGUAUAUGCCGUUGCUAGUGCUACCUUAGCACCAAUUCUUCUGGCAUUUCUAUGGAAUAGUCGACAUAAUGAAGACUCUGUGUUUAGUGCCAUUGUGUUCCUUGUAGGUGCACUUGUUGGUGGGGUUCUAGGAGUUUUAGCUCUAAUGUUUACUAGUCACGAACACCCACCUCGGAAGUACCUGCUCCUUUGGGUUUCAGGAGGGUUUGUCAUGAGCAUUGUCUGGUUUUAUAUGAUUGCCGGCGAGUUGCUCUCACUUCUAGUUUCCUUGGGUUUGAUAUUGCAGAUCAAUCCAUCCAUACUGGGUUUAACUGUGUUGGCAUGGGGUAACUCCAUGGGUGAUUUGAUGUCAAAUGUUGCUUUGGCACUGAAUGGUGGCGAUGCAGUUCAAGUUGCCAUGUCAGGAUGUUAUGCUGGACCAAUGUUUAAUACACUUGCAGGUUUAGGAAUCUCUAUGUUGCUUGGUGCAUGUUCAGCCAGACCAGCUUCAUUUAUGCUUCCUCAAGACAGUUCUUGUAUCUACACCAUGGCUUUUCUUAUGUCUGGACUCAUAUGGGCUCUAUUUGUUUUGCCAAGACACGAUAUGCGCCCCAACAAGCUAUUAGGAUUUGGCCUCAUUGUCAUUUAUCUUAUCUUCAUCUCUAUCCGGGUGAGUGAUGCCAUUGGACUAAUGAAGUUGCUGCUUGGUGUAAGUUGAUCAGUUAACCAGAAUUAGUGCAACUGUAUUCUUCUGAGAUCUGAUUGGAGUGGAUUUUUCUGCCAAUUUGUGUCGGCAACAUUCUAUGCAUGUUAAAUUAUUCUUUACCGUACCCAAGUUGUUGUAGAAGUGUGGAUGAUGAUAUUACUACUUGUGACCAUAUACAAAUGAUAACCGAUGUUUAUA